AUGAGCCACUACCAAAACACAGAUUUCAAUGAACCAUACUCUUCAGUGUCGUUUCAGUAUAAACAGCCCACAUCGCCUUAUCCGUACAACAAUAGCAACAAUGUGGAUCCAAGCAAAAAGUCUAUUUUUCCAAAGAAACAGCAAGUCUCUCGUUGGCUUCGGCUGCAUCAAAAGAGCCUUCUCCUUGUAGCUGCUUUUCUACUAUUCACUCUCUACUGUAUGAAGGGCAUCAUUUCAAACUACAUUACAUUUAUCGCCAUAAAGAUGGACAAUACCAUGUUUGAUCGUGGAUAUGUAUCGUGUGGAUUACUUCGCAAGGAACCGAUGCUCUUUGUGCAAGACACGCAUCAUGUGCAAGUGGUUUGGGAGAUGAACUGUGGCAUGUCCAACAAAGACAUGACGCUGACGUAUUGGACAGGCAGCAAGGAAAAGAAAGUGAUAGGACCUGUGGAUCCAAAAGUACUAGAUCCCUACCACACAGUCUACAAAACCACCAUUGGACCUCUUUCAGCUGGACCCGUAGAGUACCGCAUUGAGAUGAUAAAACAAAACAGCAAGAAAAAGACAGUGGCCAGGCACUUGUUCCACUGGUUUGCCAACGACGAUCUGCAGCCUAUUCGAAUUGCUGCUUUAGCCGACAACCAAUUUGGAAUGAUGACCUUUUCAUCCUUACUGCGUCAAAUCCGCAAAUUUCCACAGCAGCAAAAGCCUCAUUUCUUGCUCCAUGCAGGCGAUGCAGUGCAGAACUAUCCUUCACUGCGACAAUGGCAAACAGAUUUCGCUGCCCCUCUGAUGAUGCACGGACUUUGUCAAAAGAUGCCCUUGAUAUACGCUCACGGCAACCACGAUUAUGAUUCUGUUGGUGAGUACACAUACACACGCCAUCACGAAAAUGCACAAAGCAAUCCCUGGUUUUCGUUUUCCAUGGCCAGCGGUGCCAUCCGCUUCAUCAUUUUGGAUAGCAAUUUGGAUUGGGAUUUGCAAGAUCAAUGGCUGAGACAAGAAAUCGAAUCGGACUUGUUCAAGCAAGCACAAUUUCGUAUUGUCGUGGUACAUGUGCCACCAUUUUUGGAGUACUGGGAUCCUGAGGCUUGGUUUCAGUUACGACAAAGUGAAUGGGGAGCCUUCAUCAAGGAUCGCUAUGUGCCUUUGUUUGAAAAGGGUGGUGUGAAUUUGGUUAUCUCUGGCCACCAACACAACUAUGAACGUGGGGAGCGCCAUGGCAUUCACUAUGCUAUCAUUGGCGGUGCGGGUGGAGACAUUGACUAUGAUCAGGUCAAGGAUUGGGGCAUGUAUGAAGCCAAACUGUUGGAUUUUCAUUUCGUCAUGCUGGAGUUUAGACCACCCAAUGCUCUCAAUGAAAACGAUACAUGGACGCUGCAAUGGGAUACAUACAAUGUCAAUGGAAGAAAAGUAGACUCUGUACUAAUGGCUGGUCAUCCGAGAAUAGCAAGCCCACAGGAGGACGUGGAGGAGAUGGUUGAUCAAGAGGAGCAACAGCAAGGGGAAGAUGUGAGUUUCUAG